UGGACACACAAGCAGGAAUAUCUCGGAAGGAUAUCUAAUGUUAUCCCCGGAUUGUGACAUAAAAGAUAAUGACAGUAGACAGGAUUCUCCAGGAGAUAACCCCAUUACCCCAAUUAUACAUCCAGCUCUAUCAGCUGAUCCCUCUGAUCCUGGGAAAUGUUCUCCUGAUCACUCUGAUAUUGGUGCAUCUGUUACAGCUCUGACAGUAGAUACAGUGUUUCCGUGUUCUAUAGAUGCCAAAUGUUUUACACAGAACACAAAGCCUAUUAAACCACACACAGGUAAGGCAGGUGGAAGGCCACUGAUAUGUUCAGAGUGUGGAAAAUGUUUUACAAAGAAAUCAUAUCUUGUUAUACAUCACAGAAUUCACACAGGUGAGAAGCCAUUUCCAUGUUCUGAGUGUGGGAAAUGUUUUACACAGAAAUCACAUCUUGUUAGACAUGGGAGAAGACACACAGGUGAGAAGCCAUUUUCCUGUUCCGAGUGUGGGAAAUGUUUUGCACAGAAAUCAGCUCUUGUUAGACAUGAGAGAGAGCACACAGGUGAGAAGCCAUUUCCAUGUUCUGAGUGUGGGAAAUGUUGUGUAAGUAAAUCACAACUUGUUACACAUCUGCGCAGUCACACAGGUGAGAAACCUUUUCCAUGUUCUGAGUGUGGGAAAUGUUUUGCAUGUAAAUCAGAUCUUGUUAUACAUCACAGAAGUCACAUAGGUGAGAAGCCAUUUUCUUGCUCUGAGUGCGGGAAAAGUUUUACCUGGAAAUCCAAUCUUGUUAGACAUCAGAGAGAGCACACAGGUGAGAAGCCAUUUCCAUGUUCUGAGUGUGGGAAAUGUUGUGUAAGUAAAUCACAACUUGUUACACAUCUGCGCAGUCACACAGGUGAGAAACCUUUUCCAUGUUCUGAGUGUGGGAAAUGUUUUGCAUGUAAAUCACAUCUUGUUAUACAUCACAGAAGUCACACAGGUGAGAAGCCAUUUCCAUGUUCUGAGUGUGGGAAAUGUUGUGUAAGUAAAUCACAACUUGUUACACAUCUGCGCAGUCACACAGGUGAGAAACCUUUUCCAUGUUCUGAGUGUGGGAAAUGUUUUGCAUGUAAAUCAGAUCUUGUUAUACAUCACAGAAGUCACAUAGGUGAGAAGCCAUUUUCUUGCUCUGAGUGCGGGAAAAGUUUUACCUGGAAAUCCAAUCUUGUUAGACAUCAGAGAGAGCACACAGGUGAGAAGCCAUUUCCAUGUUCUGAGUGUGGGAAAUGUUGUGUAAGUAAAUCACAACUUGUUACACAUCUGCACAGUCACACAGGUGAGAAACCUUUUCCAUGUUCUGAGUGUGGGAAAUGUUUUGCAUGUAAAUCAGAUCUUGUUAUACAUCACAGAAGUCACACAGGUGAGAAGCCAUUUUCUUGCUCUGAGUGCGGGAAAUGUUUUACACACAAAUCACGACUCGUUACCCAUCAGCAAAGUCACACAGGUGAGAAGGCAUUUCCAUGUUCUGAGUGUUGGAAAGGUUUUGCACACAAAUCACAUCUUGUUAUACAUCAGAGAACUCACACAGGUGAGAAGCCAUUUUCUUGCUCUGAGUGCGGGAAAUGUUUUUCACAGAAAUCAGUUCUUGUUAUACAUCACAGAAGUCACACAGGUGAGAAGCCAUUUCUAUACUCUGAGAAAUAAAUCAUCUCCUGUUGCACACAAUAGACAUCACUCAGGUGAGGAACCAUUUUAAUCUUCUGGAGUAUACUUAUCAUUGCCAUGCAUUGUUCUUCAAGGUUCUUAUCCUAUCUCCUAUGCUUUUUGCAAUAUGCAUGUUACCACUGGGUGAAAUAAUCAGAUGUCAUGCCCUCAUCUACCACUGCUAUACAAAUGACCUGUCUUUGCUCUAGGUACUGAGAACCCAGUACCAAUCCUAAAUGGUUGUCUAGCUGAGCUCCAGGUGUGGCUGAUGCCAGUUGGUUGUGAUUCAGUCCUGGUGAAACAUGUCUUUAAGCUCACCACCAAAGGGCAGGGCUACAGUUCAGCUUUGCAAACCAACCAGACUUACGCUUGGGGGUUCAGAGUUACAAAAUGCUGAUCAUGUGCGGAAUCUUGGUGUCCUGGAUAGUGGAGUGACACUUAGACAUCAGUAUCUGCCACAAUCAGAUCCUCAUCUGAGGAACAUAGCCAGACUCCAGCACUUAUUUCCCUCAGAAGAUCUACCUACAGUCAUACAUUUACUUGUAUCAUCACGCAUAGACUACUGCAAUGUCCUCUAUCUGGGUCUCCCAGCAAAAGAAUUGCACCGGUUGUAGCUUGUACAGAAUGCAGCAGCCAGGCUGUUACCUAACCAGCCCGUUCCUGCCACAUAACACCCAUUCUCUGCUCCCUUCACCAGCUGCCUGUAAGAUGGUGACUCUAUUACAUAAUCUUACUGACUCUCCCAGUCCGACAUGACCAGGGUCCAUGGUACCAGAAGCAGCUUCUGCCUCCUUACUGCCCUGCUUGCUUCCAUCUGCAGAUGAAGGACUGUUACCAGCAGUACCAAGAAUCCCCAAGAAGUUCUGAGAUGUCAGGGGUGAGACAGGGUUGUAGCACUAGUGCUGUAGCAGGGGCUGCCGGAUGCAGUGUCUGUGAGAAUCUUGUUCUCAAGCAGCGCUAAGGUGUCAGAGGGGAGACAGU